AUGUCUCUUAGCCAAAGUAAAUACCCUGAAGACAACCCUUUUUCUCUUAAGCAAAACAAUACUACUUAUACAUACACUAUCAUUAGUGAAGGAUUUUAUCCGCCAACAAGCAUAGUACAUUAUACCGCAGCUUUCUCUCGUAACAGAACUAAAUACAAGAUUUCAGAUAAUUAUUUAGUACAAACAAGAUGGGGCAGAGGAUGGUCAAAGCAUGUAAUAGAAUGUGAG